UAACCUCUAAUAACAUCAUUACUAUUAUUUUCUUAAAUAAAUUUCAUUAUCCAGUGUUGACCGUUGAAAUAAAUAACAAUUUAAAUAUUAAAUAACUAUAAUGUUUUUAGUAAAGAAUAUUUUUCAACCACAAAAUGUAUCAUCAGGAUUACAAACGAGGACUCUUGUUCAACAGAUGAGUUGUCAAAGAUUUUUAUCUGCUCUUGCGACAAACGAAGCUCCGAGGCAUGACAAAUUGUUUAAAAAAAUCGAAGUUGAAGUACGAGGCAAUGAACCGGCGGUUCUAAGAAGUUAUGGUAUAUUUGUUAGUACUGCCGCAUCACAUCUAGGAAUCAAUAUGAGUAAAAAUUCACAACCAAAAAGACCAAUACAUGAACGUUAUACUAUUUUAAAAUCAGCAUUCGUUCACAAAAAACAUCGUGUGCAGUAUGAAUAUCGAACAUAUUAUCGGUAUAUGAAUUUCGACAGACUCACAGAAUCAACAGCCGACACAUUCUUGGAAUAUAUACAAAGAAAUUUACCCGAGGGAGUUGCUAUGAAAGUCACCAAGACGGAAAUCCAACCAGUUUUAGAAUCCGUACGCGAACCUCUAAUUCAAAAUACUGCGGCCACAAAAAAACCAGCUGAAUUAACAGAAAAACUGUCGUGAGACUUAUUAUUAUUGUUAUUAUUUUUUAAUAAGUAGGUUAUAUUUAUCUUAAAUAAAAAAAAAAUGAAUAAAAUA